AGGUUUUGGUGGGCCAUGGCGGAGCAGCGACAGGAUAAGGCCCUUCUGGUGAGCGAGACUCGGCGGCGUUUCGAGGCGGAGUACCUGCCAGAUAAAUCAGAUAAAUAUGAUUCUAGAGAUGUGGAAAGACUUCAGCAAGAUGAUAAAUGGAUUGAAAAUUAUCUGAUUUGGCGUCAUGAUGUUGUGGAUGAUACAUUAAAGAUGAUUGAUGAAAGCUUUCAGUGGAGGAAGGAAUAUACAGUUAAUGACUUGACAGAAUCUGUCAUUCCAAAAUGGUUACUUGAAAAUGGUUCUCUCUUUCUGCAUGGAUAUGAUAAAGAGGGCUAUAAAUUAUUUUGGUUCAGAGUGAAGCAUCAUAUAAAAGAUCCUAAACAGCAGCUUGAGAAAAAGAAACUGGUAGCUUUUUGGUUAGAACAUUAUGCCAAGAGAGAUCAUGGAAAGCCCUUAACAGUGGUAUUUGAUAUGUCCGAAACUGGUAUCAGUCACAUAGACUUGGAUUUUGUUCGGUUUAUUGUCAACUGUUUUACAGAUUAUUACCCAAACUUUCUCACAAAGAUAGUUAUCUUUGAAAUGCCAUGGAUAAUGAAUGCUGCUUUUAAAAUUGUGAAGGGUUGGCUUGGCCCAGAUGCAAUAAGCAUGUUAAAGUUCACAAACAAGAGUGAUGUACAGGAAUACAUUAGCGGAGAGUAUCUGCCACCUCACAUGGGUGGAACUGAUUCUUUCAAGUACAGUUAUCCUCCAUUGGUUGAUGAUGAUUUUCAAACUCCUUUAUGUGAAAAUGGGCCUAUUACUAGUGAAGAUGAACAUGAAAGUAAAGAAGAGAUAGAUGCGGACACCAAGGAGACUGGGGAGCUGAAUGAAACACAAAACCUUAAUCAGAAAAAGAUGAAUUCUGUAGAACAAAUUUCCAAAUCAGAGGAAACUGACAAAACAGAGAUCAAACCAAAAAAUGUAAAGAAAGCAUUAACUACUUUUAAAGGAUCUUUAUUGCAUAUCAGCCCAGCAGAAGAGUUAUAUUUUGGAUCCAAAGAAACUGGAGAGAAAAAAUGUUUGAUAGUUCUCACAAAUGUCACUAAAAACGUAGUGGCUUUUAAGGUGAGAACAACUGCUCCUGAAAAAUACAGAGUUAAACCCAGUAACAGCAGCUGUGAACCUGGCACAUCACUGGAUAUAAUAGUCUCUCUUCAUGGUGGUUUUGCAGCUUCUCUUCAGGAUCGUUUCCUUAUAAUGGCAGCAGAAAUGGACCAGUCUUCUGGAGCAGGUGUACCAGAACUGGCGCAGUUUUGGAAAGAAGUCCCUAGGACCAAAGUGAUGGAACACAGGCUCAGGUGUCAUGUUGUAGAAAGUAGUAAGCCUUUUUCCCUAACAUUAAAAGAGAAUGCAUUUAGUAUUCCAGCAAAAACCAACGAAGAUUUACAUAUACAGCUAACUCAUUUACUACAAAUUAAUAAAAGACUUCAAGAGCAGAUUGAUCGCUGCCUCUGGUUCCAGCAGUUGUCAGUUGUUUUAUCAUUACUCUCAAUUACUGUUGUUGCCUUCUGCUUCUACCUGGUGAAUACCCAGAGAAGCUAAAAACUCCUGUGCACUGGAUGUGCUUGCCUGUUGUGACUGGUUGGAGUGGAAGAGAUUGCAGUGCUGCACUCAGAUUCUGGAACUGGCAAAACGAGGGUUGUGAGCCGACAACAACGAAUGAUGGUACAAUUUGCUGAAUUAAAAAAAAAAAAAAAGAAAAAAAGAAGAAGAAAUGAAUGACCAGCAAAGGAGAUUACUGAAAGUUGACACUUGGAACAUGGCACUAGGAAGAUGUUAGAGCUAGGACCUAUUUUCGCUAUACAACUCAAUAAAUACUACUGAACUGGAAGGAGAGAACCAAAUACAACAUAAUUUAAGACUGUUUAGGGUUUGUUUUUUUCUCUUAACUACUUUAAAUACAAUAUUUAAUUUUUUUCAUAUUCAUUCUUACAUUCAGAAUUGGUCUCACAGAAGGUGCAGUCAACUUACUGUAUUCUAAAGGUUAACCUGGUCAAGAAAAUUUACAGAAAUGAUGUUGUACAGGUAGAUUUUUAAUAUAAUCUGUAUCCAUGCGUAUAUAAAGGAAGAUAUUUGCUGUUACUGUUUAUUUUGGUAAUUCAGGCUUAUUUCUUUCACUGGUUAAAUUCCUUAUUUUUGUGCUUUUUCUGGAUGCAGAGUUUUUGUAAAUAUUUCCUACCAAAUAACAUACAGUUAUACUGAUCAGGAAUAUAACCCUUGUUUGAUUCCAAAGAUAUUAAUGAAAUCAUCAUGAUAAAACACAGUUCCUGGUUUUUGUUUGUUUGAAAGCAACUCUUAGUCAAAUUGUGGAAGGAAUGUGAGAGUUGAGUUUUUAUGACCUAUUAUUGGCUCAUAAAAAGCUAAUAGCAUAGUCAGUGUACGAACUUAAUCCUGAGAUGUGCAAUAUGCUUAAAUUACGGAUGAAUUUAUGAAAAAAGCAAGUCAAGUCAAAAAGCAAGGAAGGUUAAAUACUGCUGAAGGCAACGUAAAAGUGUUAUAUCUGCCAUUUCUCAGUAACUGGUCGAAGUGCGUGUAUGAAGCUAGUGAGAGCUACUAACAAGGAUUCUUUGUACUCAUUGCUGUAAAUACGUAUAUUAAAAUGAUAAACACCUAAAAAGAGACUGAUGGUAUCUUUCAUGCAUUUAAAAUUUUCAAUCUUGAUGAUGUUUAAAUAUUUAAAAUAAUUUCUUUACUAGAAUUAAUUUUUGCCACAAAUUGGCUUUGUAACAGGUAGCAGUUUUGUGUCCUCAUUUCAGCAGAUGAAGAGAUCAUUGAGGAAAAAUAAAGGUCAUGCUCCGCUUCUGUUUUUGCUUAUAGUAUCUCUCCGGUGCAUUGUAGAUGUAUUAUUUCUAGAGCAAAGGGCAGUUUAAAAAAGUGCGUUAAUUAACACAUGAAUUAAGCAGCGAUACACUUACUAAGAAAGUUACCAUGUAAAAGGCAAGGCUACAGAACUGCUUGGUGCACAGACUUCUUUUCUACAAUGUUUUACCACAUCUGCAUUUUCUUAAUUUCUGUUCAGUUUGCUUCUCAGUAUUUUGUUUUCUUAAUGAGUUGGCAGCUUAUAUUGUUCACUGCUUAUUCUGAAGCUGUUACUUAAGUUGUUUUCAUGUGCAUGCAAUUCACACAUGCUUAGCUUCCCACAAAACGGGUUGUUGUCUUGUUGAGAAAGGUAACAGAGUAAUUUGUAACCUUACAAUAAUGGUGACCAUGCUAUUAGAAUGUCGAUUCCUUAAUUUGAGUGGAUUGAACAACACUUUACUGUAAAAUUGCAAGAAAUAUUUUCUUACAGUCUUUGCCAAUAUGAAUAUUUUAAUGUUUUGGUGCUUUCAUAUAUUUUCAGUAUUUUAUUACUAUUCUGGGAUUUUCUUUGUAUGAUGACUCAGAUGAAUAUCUUUUCUAUUUUAAUAUGUUUUAGAAAAAUACAGUUAUGAAAUAAAUAUAAGGAAAUAUGUA